ACUCGCAAAUUUUCAAAUAAACAAUACAGAAGUAACAGUCGUGCGAGAAAGUCGCUCUUUUUAAAUUUUCUAAAACGCGGUCAAAAAACCAAAAAUAGUGUAAAUUAAAAUACAAUAAAAUAAAUAUACAAACACACACUCAAAUAAAGACUGUCACAGAAUAUUAUUAGUUCAAAGUAAUAACAAAUUGUAAUGUGUUAGAAGAAAAAACAAGUGAAUUGCGCUGAUUAAUUAAGAAAAAAAAAGAAAACUAAAAAUUAAUUAAAAUGAUACUACAAGCUUCCCUAAUUGGGGGCUGGGAGAAACUCGAGCUUUGGGAUCAUACCCAUUUAGCUUUACUGGGUUUACUUAUGCUGGUUUGCAUCUUGGAAGUAAUUCUAUUAAAAAUGACUACAUCAGCGGGUUUGUUUACUCGUCCCCAUCAUUAUGAUCCUGAUUAUGAUGAUUCCGGUGAAUAUGAGGAAGAUAUUUACUAUGAAGAAUUGUCCAACAAUUAUGAUCAAUGGGCCAGGCGACAAAUGCGUUAUCGUCAGCAGCAACAACAACUAGAGGAACAGGAAAGACAAAACUUGUUACAACAACAAAAUCUAUAUAAUUACUAUGAUUAUUCGAGUGAUCAAAAUAACUAUUUCUUAAACAAUUAUCACACAAACUCUACGGAAGUAUUUCGUUUUGUCUACUAAAUCGUAAACUACAAUUAGUUAGAACAAUUUGAGUAAAUUUACACUAUAAUUGUGUACGAUUCAAAUUAAUUGUAAUAAGUGUUAAUACAAUUCUAUGUACAGUGUGUGAUAUUUGCUAAAGAGCACAAACACACAAUUUCACUAUUAAAACCGCUCUGUGGGAAUAUUAAGCUAUUAAAUCUAUAAGUAUUGAAACUUAUUUAGCUGCAAAAGAUUUCAAUAUUCUGGACUCAUAUUAUAUGCAUUCAUUACAUUUAUUAACGGUUAUUUAUUUAUUGUUUAAAUUCGCUUUGCGAAUAUUUGCAUAAUAGUUUUAGUUUUUUAAACGUUUUAAUUUUGUUAUAUUAAUUGUUAAACAUUAAUAUGCAAAAUGCGUUUGUGUCAAAAAGUAAUCUUAAUACAAAAUGCCAAUAAUUGCAAAAAAAGCUGUAACUAUUAUUUCCAUUUAAGCUAAAAACACAAAUGAAAGUUAAUAUAUAGCUCCAAUUCAUCUAUUAAUUACACAGGCCUACAAAAUUUUAAAAAAAUAUAUUGUACGUUUCUUAAUGGUUUGAGUUGAUCUAAAUCCGAAUCUGAUCUCCAAACUUCUGUAUCACUUCAUAUUUUCGAGAUAUCUUAACAUAAGGUUUGAAGAAGUAAACUUAUAUGUUAAUUUUGUUUCAAAAACUUUAGAAAUACAAGGUGUUUCCUGUCAAUUUCAAAAAUACAAAUAUGGACAUUGCUGCUUUUGUUUUAACAGCCCACAUAUUUUGAUUUUUUUUAACAUAAUCACUGAAUAAGAUUAUACAGGUCAACAAAAUUUGGAAAAAAGUCGAAACCCAAAAACCAAAGUAUGCAUUCCUGAAGGAUUUGAGUCCUCAUAAUAACGGAAGACACCUGUUAUGACACAAAGUAUACUUUGUUUUCUGGAUUAAAAAUUUGUUGGCCUGUGUUUCAAAUAAAACUUUGUUAAAAAUUGUAUUUUAUCUGGCAACGCUAUACUUGUAUAUAAAUACAAUUAAAUAAAAGUAAAGCACCUUAGCUAAAAUCCAAUUUAGGAAAUACUCCUAAUAACCACUUUAUGACAUUUAUUUAUAAGUAAUUUCCAAAUUUAAAACGAAAUAUCUACAAACAAACAUAUUUCAUCUCAUAAGACAAGGCACUUUCUGACUGAUAUACACACAUAUUAAUAUAAUGUAUAAUAAAUAAUUUCAUCUGAAAUAUACAUAUUUAUCUUAUGUUUAAUAUAAAUUUGUAACCUUAAUUUUAUUUAAAACAGUGUAAACUGCUUAGGCAUCAUAGUAAAUCUAAGUAAAUUUAUUACUAAAAUUAUAAUUAAAACGAAACCUACACACACACGGACACAAAACAAUAAUCUAAAUAAUUGAAAAUGUGAUAUUUUUUUGUACUCAUUAAAUAAAUAAAUUGUUUAGAUAUUUAAGGCUAAUUUAAGUAUUUAAAAGCAUUAACAAGUAAUAAAAAAUUUUGCUUACGUAAA